UUAUAUCACUAGGUCAUUCGAUAAGGUAACAUGUUAUUCUCGUUUUGCCAGAUUGAAGAUGGCGAGAGCUUUUUUAUUAACAUUGGCGCUGGUACCUCUGCUAAGUUUUGAAAUCCUUGGAGCAGUAAUUAAAGAACAACCAGGUCAUCGUAUCACGCUCCCACGAGGACAGUCGCUGAUACUCUCCCUAAAUUACAGUCUGAGCUCUGACGAAAAAAAUAACCUCCUCUACAUUGAACUGAAGUUGAACAAAACCAUAGUAGCCGGCUACAGUGAGCUGCAAGGAAUCAGCAUAUUUAAUACAACAAGUGGUCAUUUCAAGGCACGAUCUGAUUUGCGAUUCCUCACUUCUCCACAAUCUUACGUUGGUCUUAUAAUUGAAGAUACUCAGUUUAGCGACUCUGGGGAGUAUGCUUGGAGUGUCACUCCCCUUGCGUCCGCUACAGUUGAAGGGAACCCAAUAAAUGUGGUCAUUGGAAGUGAACCAAAGGGUGCCACACUAAACGUCACACGCCAGGCUGGUUUAAGUUAUGUGUUAGAGUGUCAAGUCACGGGAGCCAUUCCACUCCCAAAUAUCACCAUAUGGAAGGGCACGGAAGUACUGCACGAGAGGCCCUCAACAGUGUCAACGUCUGUCACCAUCAACGCCUCCUCUGUGUCUGAGUACAGCUGCACUGGUGUUAAUGUACUGGGGUCACUGAGGAGCAGACAUGAAACUUUACCCAGAAUAAGUAAAAUCAAUAAUAAAUUAGACAAAGACACGGCUGUUGCACCGACAGAGAACCAAUACAACGAGACGACCGUGAAGAACGCCAGUUAUGAGAUGCCUCGAAUAACAAGCCGACUCUUGUACCUCUUGUGGUUGAGUUCGAGGUCUGCUGAAGGGCUCCAUAAUAUUUUGGUGUUUUUGAGGAAAAACGGUGCCAUUUGGAACGAUAAAGAAACGACUGAUGCAGAGAACCUAUACAGCGAGAUGACCAUGGAACAAGAGGCAAAGCAGCAGCGGAACGUAGAAGGCCUCCAGUAUGCCGACCUCGAUCUACGUCCCACGGGAAAAAUAAAACCGGCAGGUAGACGCAACAACCUUGUUAUUGAUGAGGACUCCAAGACCGAGUACGCCGAAGUCAGAAAAACGUGA